CGUCAAACUCGUCAAAUUUUCACGAAGAAUGGCUUCGUCUUCAUCAUCUUCGGCCCCCUCUUCGGACCCUACUUGCGAAGACCUCCAGGUACCUUUUGUGUAUGAUUUUAAGGACAUUCAUAUGGCUCCUAAGAUCACGACGAAAUGUUAUCCAUAUCAGACUGUUAGAUCUCUUAAAAAGGCCUUGACGGAUGAAGAAUUUACAUAUUUCCAAAAAGAAUCCCAGUUUCGGCAUAUUUUCCAUCUUGGGUGUAAGGACACAUUGAAGAUGGUUCCGGCAUCAGUCCUCUUACAUCGGGCACUAAAAUUGGAAGGAGAAGUGAAACAACUAUGGUUUGUUCUGAAUGGCGUGCCCAUCAGAUAUUCGAUCACCGAGCAUGCGAUUAUCUGCGGCCUAAAUUGUGAAAAGUAUCCACAAGACUGGGCUAAAUGUAAGGGAACCCAGUUUCGGAUGAAAAUGUUUGGACAUUCAAAGGUGACAAUAUCCGAAGCGAUAAAGAAGCUGUAUGCCACUCCAACCAAAGAUGUGGAGGACAGGAGAAGAUUAGCAAUAAUCAUAUUGCUAGGUGGAGUAUUAGACCAUGGAAUCAAGAACAAUGAUGUGAUUCCAAAUGAUGCAGUUGACAUGGUCAACAAUCUGGAAUUUUGUGAAGGGUUUCCUUGGGGGAGAUACACUUUCGAAAGAACAAUCGAUCAUAUACUGAAGUUGUAUGUAAGCAGUCCUACACCGAGGGCUCAGUGA